AUGGAAGAAAAUUCUCGUCAUGGCGGCUGUUCGGCUUUCGGACACUCUUGCUUUGGCGGCCACGGCAAAAGAUCCGGCGAUACUUCUAUGGAGCUGUCGAACCAGGAGCUGGUAGCUCGCCACCAGCUCGGCCAAGAAGAGACACCACCUCACCCCGUAUACCCUCAUUCCGGUUACAGUGGUAUUCUGUCAGCGGGUGAUGACAUCAUACCUAUUAGAGAUGGAGGUGUAUAUGAUCGAGAGGACCCUAACAAGGACGCCAUGAAGAUGAAACUUCGGAACAUCUUCAAACACUGG